AUGAGACUCAAUUGGCCGCUAAGAAUGUCUGCCAAUGUAUCAAGAACCUACAACGAUGCCAUCUCGGCUUUGAAUUCCCUGCAGUCUAAUUACGCUAACAUCAUGGCUAUUAGAGCCUCGGGAGAUCGUAAAAACCAGAUGAACAUAUGGGAAAUGCAAGAAUGGUCGCGCAGAAUUGGCUAUGAGACCUGCGAAUUCGAUAAGCUCAAUAUUGUUCACAUCACAGGUACUAAGGGCAAAGGCUCUACCGCAGCCUUCACGCAGUCUUUGCUCCAACAAUACAGCGACAAGAUCUCUAGGAUUGGGCUUUAUACGUCCCCUCACCUGAAAUCCGUGCGUGAGAGGAUCCAAAUCAACGGCAAACCAAUCUGCGAGGAGAAGUUUUCUCGCUAUUUCUUUGACGUUUGGGACAAGCUCGAUAAUACAACGUCCUCGCUGGACAAGUUCCCACAUAUGACCCCCGGCAGUAAGCCAGGCUACUUCAAAUACUUGACAUUGCUUUCCUUUCACGUUUUUGUUCAAGAGGGAUGCGAUUCCUGUAUCUACGAGGUAGGGGUUGGCGGAGAAUACGACAGUACCAACAUUAUCGAGAAGCCCACCGCAUGCGGUGUAUCUCUUCUCGGAAUCGAUCACACUUUCAUGCUUGGCGACACGAUUGAGGAAAUUGCCUGGAAUAAAGGAGGCAUCUUCAAAAAGAGUGCAGCGGCUUUCACGAUUGCAUCCCAGCCAACAGGAGGACUCAAAAUUUUACACGAAAGGGCUUUGGAGCGUAAAACGACGCUCACAGAGGUGCCCAUUUUUAACGAGCUGAAGCAUUUAAAGCUGGGUCUUGCGGGAGACUUCCAGAUCACAAAUGCGUCUUUGGCGGUUGCCCUGGCCUCUCAACAUCUCUACAAGCUCGGAAUUCUUUCUCACCCUCCAAAGUUGGAUGCGGACAUGACAUUUUCGCCUGAGUUCAAGAGAGGACUCACAACAGCGGAGUGGAAAGGCCGUUGUCAGACAGUGCUUGAUAACAAUGCUACAUGGCUGAUUGAUGGUGCUCAUACUAAAGAUAGUAUUCAGGCCGCAUCGACAUGGUUCAAGUCCCAGAUGACUAAAACUCAAAACAAGAAGAUACUCUUGUUUAAUCAACAAACCAGAAAUGCAGACGCUUUAAUAACAGACUUGCACAGCUGUUUAAGCCCUGAAGUGCAGUUUGAUCAUGUCAUUUUUACGACGAACGUUACGUGGAAGUCAGGAGAUUACAGCGCGGAUUUAGUGUCAAUGAAUACUUCGAAGGAGCAAGUAGAUAAUCUUGAGGUACAAAAUGCUCUUCGAGAAACGUGGCUACAACUAGAGCCUGAUGCUCGUGUCGACGUGGUCGCAAAUAUUGAGUCCGCCUGUGAUCUGAUCAAAGAGUAUGAUGAAGCAGUUGAGAUCGCGGUUACGGGAUCACUUCAUCUUGUAGGUGGACUGUUGGUUGUCUUUGACGGCAAACAGUGA